AUGGACCCUAAUCUUGAUUUUUGGAAAGAGGUGACAACUUUGAAGACUAUGGGCAAUAAGAAGACACUCAUUUACAUAAAAGUUACUAGACCGGAUAUUAUGCAUGCCGUUGGGUUCAUUAGUCAAUUUAUGGACAAGCCUAGGAGAGGUCAUUGGGAGGCUGAUUGCAACAUUUUAAGCUAUGCUGGUGACAAGAGUGAUAGAAAAUCUACAUCUGGUUAUUGUAAGUUUGUGGGUGGAAAUCUAGUAACAUGGAAGAGUAAAAAACAAACAGUUGUAUCAAGAUCUAGUGCUGAAGCAGAAUAUCAUGCCAUGGCUCAAACAACAUAG